AUGGUGGAUUUUGAGUGCUCCUCCUCCAAAUCCAACUACAAGGACUGGGAUUUUAAAGCAGCUGCCAAAGGGUUCAUUGGGUCAUCAGAUUUUAGCUCUUCUUCUUCAUCUUCUGUGCUUGAGGAUGAGCUCGUUUCCUCCGAGUCAGCUGAGACCACUGAUGAGGAAGACGAUUACAUUGCUGAGUUGACUCGCCAGAUGACUCACUACAUGCUUCAAGAUGACCAUGACAAAGCCAAUAUUAGCUCUCAGAAAAACCAAGAGUUAUUGGGUUCUGUUGGUUGGCCACAGUACUCAACACUGUGGUCACCUUUGGGUUCGAGCUAUGGUAGCCCAGAAGGCCCAUCUCUGGAACCAACGCCACCAGCUACACCGGUCAAAAACCACGCUUGGAAUAGCUGCACAUACGCUGACGUUUUGAAGAAGUUGGACAAAUUAGAUAAAACCAACCAAGGGUUAAAUUCUCCUCAGGGAGCAACCAAAGUAGCUGAGAACUCAGGUGCUGGAUCUUGCUCAAAGCAAGGUCUAACUUUUGAUCAAAGCCACGAUUUUCAGAAACUUGAGGCCUAUCAUAGGCUAAAGCAAGAGAAAAUUUCAAGCAAACAAGGGUCAAGUAGUAGAGGAAGGCAAGCCAAUAUUGGUAAUCAACAAUUUGAGCCUGCUAACUAUAAGCACCAGAACAAAGGAGGAGCUUGUGGAAGGCCAAGGUCUCCUACACAAUUUGGAGUGCCAGCAGCUUCAAACCCAUGGAUGAGCCAGCAGGCAAGUCCGGCCAUGAGGGCCGUUUUCCUUGGUGGGUCUGGUUCGAAAACCAGGUCGUCUUGUGGGACUGGUGUCUUUUUGCCUUGUGUUACUGGUAACGCAUCACAAUCACCCAAGAAAAAAGGAUGUUCCUCUGUUCUUAUACCCGCUAAGGUAGUGCAAGCCUUGAAAGUUCACUUCGACCGAGUUGGUGAGCUACCCCGACCCAACGCUACCGGCUUCUCUAUACAAAAUGAUGGUUUUAACAAGGGUGGUAGGGCAAGCAUGCAAUCAACUAAAAAACGUAACUCACGGGGGGUGCCAGAGAUGAACCAUAAUGAGAUGGGUCUGCCUCAAGAAUGGACAUAUUGA